AUGAAUCAAAACGUCUGUAUCCUCCUCCUCAUGAUUUUUGUCCUGUCAUCCGAAACCUCAUUGGUUUUGGCUGUGGACUUUUUCUACCAAAACUGCAGUGUGCCCAUAACUUGCGGCCGCCAAGACAUUAGGUAUCCAUUCUACAUCCAAGGCAAGCAACAACCCUUUUGUGGGUAUCCGGGUUUCGAAGUCUCCUGCCAAGGCGGAGACGAUGACGGAGAAGCCUACCCAUUUCUCCAUUUGUCUGGUAACGAUUACAUAAUCCACAACAUCAGUUACCAAAGCCGUUCUCUUCUUGUCUCAAAUGCUCUGCUUUCACACUACCUAAACAACUCUGCUUGUACUAACCUGUCGUUAAUCAGCAACUUAACCCUCCCUAAUGUUCAGUUUAAGCUGUCUCCAAAUCAAGAUCAAUUCUUUCUGCUCUACAACUGCAACUCUUCGUUUGUCGAUUCUUUUCCAACGUACAAUAUUGGUUGUAAUAACACUUCGGUUCUUGCUCUGCCUCGGGAUAAAUACCCUGAAGUUGGAAAUGUCCUGGAGUCCCAAAAGUGUGGAUCGAGUAAGGUGGCGGCAGCGCAUGGUGGAGGGUACAGGAAUGGUGAGGCAGCGGGAAUGAAGGAAGUGUUGGGGAGAGGGUUUGAGAUGAAGUGGAUGGCAGUCGACUGCAGCCUCUGCCAGAGAAGUGGAGGGUUAUGUGGGUUUAAUUACACCACCUACCGUUCUAGGUGCCUCUGCCACAGUGGAACUCAAGCUGUGCGUUGUAUGGACAAAGAUGACGAAGGUGGAAACUUGGUCGCUAAAGUCUCCAUAGCCACACGGGAUGCCUACCAUUUGAUCGAAUACAUCACUAUAUUUUCAACGUAUAUUCAGCAGGUGCAGGUGCAGGUGCUGGUCUCAUAUGUCUAA